AUGGAUCCCUACAUGGCCAUCAUCUACUAUCUCUUUCUCCUGCUGCUCUUCGGAUACUUUAUGGUCUUUCACUUUUUGAAUAUGACUUCUAUCCCAUCUUCUUCUUCUUCCGCGCCAUCUCCAGACCCAGCUUCAAUAAACGAACAAGUGGACGAAAUUGACGACGACUCGUUCUAUCACCCAUCCUGGCGCCAGCGAUGGUCGCACCCAGAAUUUGCCGGCUACUAUUCAAAUAAUUGGAGAAAAGAGUCAUGGUCAGAACAACAAAGACGUCUGACAACACGCUUUCUAAUUCCCUUGCUGGAUUCGAAGUUCCCCUGGGGCUAUAUGAUCUAUCGAACAGUCUACACUGCUGAGUCGGACAAACUAUGGCCUAUCGCCAUGGAUAAACUUACUCAGAUCAUGAACUAUUCGAUUGAGUCCGAUCUCUAUACAGAUCAUCAUAAAGAACCAGAGGACCCAGAGCCUGAUUCAACUGCAGAACAACUAGUAAAGGAAUUAUGUAAGGAUGUUAUCUUCUCUGACAAGAAGUUCUAG